AUCCACAACCUACGAUGGCCCUCACUUCGGAACUGUUUUCGGGGCUCUGCUUGAUAACACUUGCCGGCAUUGUUUUGCUAUUACAGCGACACUAUCUCCCAUUAAGAACUACUCCAGAGUAUCUGAUCGUUGCUACAUUCUUUCCUCUUUUAAUCUCAUGCUCUAUCGUGAUCCUGGUGCCUAUAGACCUUGCUUCCUCGGCAGCGGGGGAUGACGGCUCUCGAGGUAUUCCCCCUUAUCUUUAUCCCUUAUUAAACCUUUGACUUGAUAACUUAUGUUUGGGGCGCAGGUGUUGUAUUGCAUGAACGGGUUCUCCUAGUCGCCUGGCGAGUUUCGUACUGGCUAUGCUUCGUUUUGACAUGGUAGGGUUCCUCCCGGUAGGCUUUAGGUCAUCUGCUAAUGGUUCAUUUUCCCUCCCAGGGCUGUCCUCCCGAUCCUUCAGUCAUACAGCAGUUCCGGUCACCGUUCUCCUCGUAAUCGGUUGAUGGAAGCACUUCGCGAAAAUGCUCGAUAUCAGCUAAUGGUUUUAUCUGUCGGACUUGUCGGACUUAUCUACGUAUUUAUCACCUCUGGCGUGCGUCUCUACUCGCUCAAAAGCCUCGUUAUGGCGUUGUCAUACUUUUAUGCCUUGUCUAUCGCUAUCUUCCUUAUGGGCCAUGGCCUCGUCGCUGUACCGCGUGGUGUAAUGCGGAAUGCCAGUGUUUCUGGGAAAUUGAGGAGAAUACAGGUGCAUGCACCCAGAGCUUACGACAAGCUGCUGGAUGCAACAAACAAUCUGGAAGAUGUUGAAGUGGACAUUAGGGAAGUGAUGAAAAGGAAGCAUGGAUCUGCAAGAGAGUUUCAAGAUUGGAUUGGGGAGCUUGGUGAUAUGCUCCAGCUUCCAGAAUCGGCGAUCCCCGUGCGGUCACGGGCCGGGGUGCCCCUAGUGAUCACCGAGCAGUAUCUAGCAUCGCUGACGCAACGGUUCAAAAUUGCGACCCAUAAGAAGGCUAGAUUCAACUCCGAAUGGCAGGCGCUAGUGCAGUCUGCGGCAGACGCACAGGCUGUUUUAGACUCGUCAAGAACCAAGCGAUUGAAGUUUACAAGACAUUUUUCUGGCUCAUCGAUUUUUGAAAGGAUACCCUUUUUGAAUGCUUAUACUCGCCAUGUUCUUCAUUAUUACGUUUUGCCUCACUUCUACCGAGCCAUCGCCGCCUUCCUGGCGCUUGCCUCUACCUGUAUAGUUUGGUCAGAAUUGGUUCAUGGAUUUGCUCCAAAGCUCUCGCUGGUUAGUUAUACUGUCAUUCACCAUCCAUAUUCGACGAGCGGUCAGGUCGGUCUUGCCGGCCAAGUGAUUGCGGCGGGUUGGAUAGCAUAUAUGUGCGCGUGUGCCUAUUCAUCCUUGACGACGGUCAAGGUCUGGGGGACCCAUGCACUUGUCAAAAGGAUGACCUCGGGGAGCUCAGCAUGCUUCUACGCUUCAUAUGCAGCACGACUAACUGUUCCAUUGGCCUAUAAUUUUACGGGAUUGCUCGAUAAGGAUGUGCUCGGUGAUGAGACUGUUUUCUACAAGUUUCUCGGAAAGCUCAUCAGCCUUACCCCUCUUGGAGAAGGCCUCGACGGAUACUUCCCUGUACUCAUAUUGCUCCCUGUUGCUGCGACAGGAUUCGGCUUUUACGGGUGGGUUAAGGAUAUGUUCGGAAUAUCUGGGAACGUGAUGGAAGACGAGGAUGAGGACGAGGAUAUUGGUACUGGAGGAUGGAGAGAAGGCAGAGAUUUGAUUGAGCGUGAACUCCUCGGUGCCUCUGGUGGCUCAACCGGCAUUAGGGGCCUUCUUCCAGCAACACGAGCCCAGCCCCCCGCUGUCGGUCCCGGAACCUCGAGGACUUCUAGAGAGCAACCUGGGUUAGGCCGCACGGGCCCUAUUCGCCUGACAGAUGACGGCGAGGCGGAUGCAGCACCACCACAAGGAGGCUUCCUGGGAGGGUUCUUCCAUAGGGUCAAAAACACCCUAGAUACAGUCGAGACCCCCGGGUGGAUUGAAGAUUUGAAGGAAAAUGUCAAGAGGCCAAAGUGGAUGUCCGGAGAGGGCGGCAGUAGCAGCGGUGCACCGAGACCCAGAUGGCCGCGAUUUAGAGAUGGUGACGGCGAAGCUAGUGGGCUACUAGGGAGGUGAUAGGGGCCGCUUUUUUGUUCUCUGAUUGUCGGUUUCGUUAGUUGGGCGUUUUUCUGAUUUGCGGAUAGAAAAUUUGGGAGGGGUCAGGAUUCUUUUCUUGCUUUUUUUUCGUGUUUCUUUUUCUUUGCGAAUGGGUUAGAGGCUGGCGAAAUUAGUUAAUAUCUGUUGGAAGGGUGGUGUAUUGUUUAAGGAUAAUAACGAUCCUGAUACAUACGGUAUCCUUGUUUGUGAAAUCAUUGUAAGGUGCCUAAUUAGGGCUUGAGAGUAUUAGACUGCCGCACCAGUACUGUCUAUAUCUAAACUAAUCUGAGCAUCACCUGUCACUCUU